UUGGAACAAAACAAACGCUGAUAAGACCAGUUUCAUAUUUAAGUUUGGAUUGAACCGACAGUGUUUGCCACUUGGAUAAUAAAAAAAAAUGCUUGAAAGUCAGUUUCAUAAUCAGUUAUGCUAGAACUUGAAAAUACAGUUUUCAAAAGUUUGAAUUGGAUGUACUGACGUCAUAUUUGCUUCUAUUUUUAUGAAUGAAAUACAUAUUUUUUAAUUUUUUUUUUUAAAGAUACAUUUCUAAUAACGCUAGUGUCAUCUGCCCAAAGCUGAUUGGAAAUGUUGUCCUACUACAUGGAUUAGUCAAAAUGUUCAAAUGAUGAUAACGCUUGUGAAAUAGAGUUAUGUUCAAAUAUUAGAAUAUGUUCAAAUGGCAGACAUGUUCUUUAAGGGAUAAAACUGAAAAUGGAAUUAAAAUGUGUCCUUGGAAAGAAAACUAUUAAACUGGAAAAGAAUAACAUCAUCAUUGCAAUAUAACCGUUUUAGAAAAAAAAACAACAAAAAACGAGAUGCGGUGGACUGAAAAGUGAAAGAUACAGAAAUAUAUAUUUUCGCUUAAUAUACUGGAAUAGUAUUACAGUGCAACCAGCGUGAAGUAAACAGCUCUAAGAAGACUGAAAUGCGUUUGUUGUACACAUUAAUGUGUGUUCUUUCUAAAGAAUUGUAAUUAAAUGUAAUUAAAUAGCUGCCGUACGUUGUAGGGAGGUGUCCGGUUAUUAGAGCUGUCAGAGGUUUUACUGUAUAAGUAAAAACAACAAAAUGAACAUCAUAGGCCUACAACAGGCGGAAGUGGUUCAACCUGUGUACGCACACGUAGAUCUCGAUAGCGAUUAUGAUUAUAUUAUGUCAAGGGCUCUCAAGUCAUAUAAACAGCACCGUGAGAAAGAAAAGGCCGAGUCGAGAAGGGGACCGCUUAAGAGCGCUUACAUAAGACGCCAUCAUCUGCGCCCGAAAACGGCUCCUCCGGCAAGAUUUGUGCAGUCAAUGAAAGUGAACAAUCUAGGUUCGGGCCCGAAACCAGCAACCGUUCUUAUGCCCCAGGUUGAUGCAAUAAACGCGGUUUCAAAGGCAAACCCCGUGCCAGACGAUAACGAAAGAUCACCUAGACGAGUGUUGCAAGUUGCAAAAGUAAGCCUCAAUAUGAUGCAAGAACAGAACAAGAAGACGGCCUCAUACCUGAAGAGAAAUAAUCCGUCACACCCAUGGCACAGUCACAGCUACCCAUCCGUCAAACCAAUGGAGAAAUUUGUUCGACCACCUCAUGCCUAUAUGUCCGCAUCUGUUGGCGAGCGGGAACUGUCGUCUGCUCUUUCGUCCUCAAGCUCGAGAAGCUCUAGUGCAAAAAGUAGUCCGUCACAUUCUGUGUGUAGACCAAAAUCAGCAGCGAACAAAAACUCAAAAUAUUUCUAUGAUGGUGGAUUAUUUACGCAUCCAAAAAAUGGUAAUCCGGAGUAUUUUGUUAUUCAUCCAGACUGGGUUUCGGAAUCUAUGUCCAUACAAAAAUUAAGUUUAACUGAUAGAACUAAAACUAUUCCGAAGAGCAAAUCAAUGACAUGGCCCGGAAGACGUUGUAAUAGUGCACCCCCUUCUAAAUAUAGAAACCCAAUUACGUGGGAAAGUGUACAGACAACUUGAUCAUGCAGGACAAAUGGAUAGUUCCUUUAAGAAAUGUCUUCAAAACCGCAAUAUUUACCUCAUUUGCUCGCAAUUUUGAGUCAGCGCGUCUCAAAGAAUACAUUUGUGAGUCGUCUGGUUAAGAAAGGAUCAUCUAGAUAUAUCACCGGAACCCGUAAUGACAUUCGGCAAUUUCCGUGCGAUUUCGUUUGUUAAUUCGGCAUUAUUCGGCCGUAAUUGUAGCUCAUGCCAGCAUUGGUUUCCGCGACAACCGGAAAAUGCCGAAAUUAUGUACUAAGAAAACGUAAUGGAACGGAAAUUCCCAAAUGUCAUUCCGGGUCCACUACAUUAAAGUUUUUGCUUACACGAGGGGGUUCAAAACGAUUUAAUACGUAGAUCGUGUUUUUAUCAUAUGCCACAUACGGUGUACAUCUGAAUUUCAGUACACAUAUGAUAUUAUCUAUUAUACAUAAGAAUUGAACAUAUUUUGUAAACUUUUUUGUAUGAACUGCCGAAGUGCUGCAAUGGCCAUGGCGUCAUUUCACGUGUUGGUGCCAUCUGCAAUGUAUAUUUUACUCCGCUACACUGAGCGCAGAUUAUACAAAGGUUGAACUGAGGCAAAAGUGUCUGUCACACCGUUGCAGCCGACAAUAAUUUUAGUUUUAAUGUUCAAUACAUCAAAUAAAAUUACACAAGAAAACGUUAGCUAGAUAGCAAAAAUAGAACAAAAACGUCUUGAGCCCCCUUAGUACUAUACUGAAUGUGUCAAGUGUAAAGGAAUAUUUGAGCCGCGCCAUGAGAAAACUAACAUAGUGCGUUUGCAACCAGCAUGGAUCCAGACAAGCCUGAGCAUCCGCGCAGUCUGGUCAGGAUCCAUUCUGGUCGCAAACGCACUAUGUUGGUUUUCUCGUGGAGCACUGCAAUAGAUAUAUAACAGAGGUGAAAUAAAUCACAAAAUCAACAGUAAAUACUUUGCAGAGGAAAUACCGAAUGGACGACUGAAGUUUGUUGUACAGAGGCGGUAGUCCUAUAGAGAGGUUAAUUUAGGUAAUGAACCUGUAUAGAUACUCGGUAAUUUCCGUUCAGUCACGUAUUUCUUCGUAAGUUAUUUCGGGAGCAUUCGGCCACAGCAGAAAAUUAGGAACGAGCCAAGAUCGCAUACGGGGUAUACGUUACCGAACGGAAAAAGCCAGUAGUCAUUAACCUUUACCAUGCUAAAUUUCUAUAAUAAACUUGUCCAUUAUUCAAUUUUGACAGCACCAUUAACUGUUUAAAGGGGCGCUUACCAAAAAGAUACUGAUUGAAUAGCGAACAUUACAGAUCUUGAUCAGACUGAUCAUGAUCUACACUGGUCACAAAGGCAAAAUCAAUCGUGUCCAGCAUGGUAAGGGUUAAGGGUCCAUUAGUUUAUUUAAAUAGUUAAGAACAAUUCGUUAGUAAGCCUUUGUCUGAAGAUAGAUAUAUUUGCUAUCCGGUAUAAAAACCUCACGACGCACAUUAAAGGUAGAUCCUCAACACAUGAUUUAAAGUGGUCCUUUUUAACGUGACAGCGUCAGUUUAUAACCUGCCUCAUAACUAUAAUGCCACCUGCACUAAGUCUAUAAAAUGUGAUGUUUUUAUUUGAUGGUGCUUUAGUUAAGGCUUCUUUUGUGUCAUAGUUUUAUAACGUUAAGAGCUGUGUAUUUAUUUGCUAACUCAAUUGUUGUAUUUUCACAUCGGUUAACCGGUUGCGAGCAAAUCAGUUCGUCGCGGACAAAAGUUUUCAAAUGCUUUUGCUCGCAACCGGUUAAGGGGUGUGGUACUUGUUGAAAAUAGGUUUUUAAUGUAAAAAAAACAAACUUGUUUUUUCGCAGAUGCAAACUAACUGCAGUUGUUCUAGCUAUAAGACAUCUAUUAUUUACUGUGAUUUAGUUUUAACUGCUAAUUUUAUGAUGUUCUUAGAAAGUGCGUGCUCUUGAUUUCAUCUUCUAUUGUACGCAAUUUGUAUACUUCGCUAUACACACAUUUAAAUAUGUCUUGAAACAAAGCUGUUCGUUAAUAUCAAUAUUUCGUAGCAUUUUCAGAACAAAAAUAUAAAUGAAAAUCAUACCAAGACCGUAAAACGCAAAACAGCUGUUUUAUGGGUUUUGCAUAUCUUUAUUUAAAAUCAAACUGUAUAGAAGUCGCGGCACUUCAGGGAGAUUCGGCGUGCGGUUAAUGCAUUGAAGCCAAAAUAUUGCAGAUUGAAACGGAUGCAGUAUGAAAACACAACGUCAUAGCUUGAUAAUCAGAUAAAUAGCAAUAUAGCAACAUGCUUUGGUACUCAAAACGUCAUGCCGAGGCCCGGAUCCAGACUUUUUGUGUUAGUGUUCAGUGUUAGUGGGUGAUAGGGGAGCUGGCACAAGUUCAGCAUGGAAAUAAAAAUAAUGGUAUGAAAUGGUAUCUGGGUUUAAAUUUUGAGAACUCAGAUCAUGAAUUUAUCUGAAAGCAAGAAGAGACUGAAGUAUAUAGCGAACUCAAUGCAGACAUCAUUUUUGUUCAACCUCAGAGGGUAACGACGGAAGGGGCUACCCCUUCCUGCAAAGGGGCGAUGUCAGGGCAGUUUUGACAUAUAGGUGUUAAAAGCUGGCCUCUGGUGCAGUUUGGGUCUAAACUUAGAUGAAUUUAGGUCACUUCAGCGGAGUGGGAGAGGUGGGGUGGGGGUGGGGGAGGGGGGCACUGACCCUUCAUUCCACCUCUUGAAUCCGGGUUGGAUGCCUGAUUUAUCAAACUUACAACAAAACAAAGAAAAAAGGUUUUGUGACGUAUAUUUUUACGCGCGAUCCUUUAAUGUUUCAAACAUGCAAUUCAUACAGUGACAACACAUAGAACCUGAUCUGACCCUUAAAACUUUGUACAUAUAUAUUACCUCAAGACUUUAAUCUGUAAGUAUCAUUUUGUUGCAGAAAGCCUGCACUUUAUAUGUCGAGAGCCCAUCAGCAUGAUUAAUUGUCGCAUAAUUAUUUUUAGGUUUUUGCAUUGUUUGAAGCAAAACUUGUUGUUCUAUUUAAAGUUAUUCAAGAGCCCAGUCGUCCAGAGACCAAAUAAGCAAGAGAAAAAAAGCUUUUGAGUUCCGACUCUGGAAUAUAUCUACUUGUAAUAUUUUUUAUUGCUUUUGCGGAAUAUGUAAACCAAAUAAUGUUUAUAGCACUCUUGAGUAUGAUUGCGGUAACACUACAAUGGAAGACAUUUUUAUAAACAUGUAUUUAUUUGUUGUACUUCUCCUAUUGUUUAAAAAGUGGAUAUAUAGAAAAAAUGGCCUAACUAUGCAUAUUGCUGUGACAUUUUGAGCGAGGGGGCUUAAGCGCAAAAAAUGCGAAGAAACGAUGAAAAUAAAUCGUAUAGGUUUACCUCCCUUACAAAUUGUAUACAAUCCGGACAAAAAUAAAGAAUGCAGACUAACCUUUUUGUUCUGUACUUUACCCAAUCAUUAUAAGAUUAAUUUAUGAGAGUUUCAAUCAAGGCUCUGUUCAAACUUAUCUGCAUAUCGAGUACAAAGUUCUAGUUUAGUUUUAGAUUUCGGUACGUGUGUAUGCACACGUAUAUAGUAAAUCUUAGGUAAUUGACCCAAAAUGGCGCUCGGCAAUUUCCGUGCGAUUACGUAAUCAUCAAAUUCUUCUUCGGUAAUCUUCGGCCGUUAUUAUAGGGACUUGCCAUACCAGCCGGAAAAUGGCGAAUCGCAUACGGAGAUUACGGAAUCAGGCGGAAAUUGCCGAUUACAAUUACGGGUCCACUACUAUAACCGAAUACUAUACUUACCGAAUAUUGGUAGUUUGAAUUCUGAUUCCACAUAGAUACUAUAUAAUAUUAUACCCAAUCUCAACUUCUCUAUUGUCUUGAUUUUAUAAUGGCUGAUUUCUGUCCGUUUCAAGACUUCUCGUGUUCGGGGUGGCCUUUCAUGCCCUCGUGUUUCCGUGCCGCCAUCUCGAAGACAAGAAGACACGAGGACAUGAAAGGACGAAACACUAUCGAGUUAUCGCGCGCCAGGGCGAAGGGACGAGGGGACGAAACAUAAAGGCGAAAUAAGGAAAGAAUAUUGGCGGACACACGAAGUAUUCUAUUGGCAAAGUGCCGUGCCGGCGGGUAAAAAAACUAAAUGUCGUCGCCCUGUAAUUGUCAUGUCUCCGUCCCAAGCACACGAGGACACGAAAACUUGACAAACCGGCAAUUUGCUUUCCUCUUUUGUCCUCAGUCCUGACUUGUCGUCACCACGAAGGCAAAAGACUCGAACUGACAAAUAUCAGUCACCAUUGGAUUUGCUUCAGCUUUCGUACUGCGGCCUUUAACUAUCAAAUGUUAACACUUGUUUUGUAAUUCUUUUACUUCGUCAUUAUGUAUUGCUGUUAAUAAAUGUAUGCCUAUAGA